AUGCUCGCAGUGCUACCCGCUCACCACACAAAGCACGUCCCCCUCCUACGUUAUCCAUUCUGCCACUCGCUCUUCCACCUCGCUCAACUCGACAACGGCGCCUCUAAUGGAACCGCUCUCUGGCUUGGCGCACAACUUCUCUCCUGGUAUCUCGCCGACAACCUCAAGUACAAGGCCACAUCCGCAAGACGCCCCCGCGUCGUCGAGCUCGGAAGCGGCAUCGGCUUGUCUGCGCUCGCUCUCUCUGCCAUGGGCUACGAUGUACUGGCCACCGAUCUUCCGGCCGUAGUUUCCUCCGUGCUCGCCGACAACAUCUCUCGCAACGUCUCGCAGCUGCCCCUGGGCCACGGCACUAUCCAGGUCCGUAUAUUGGACUGGUCUGUUCCGCCCGAACAAUGGUCUUGGAAUGACGACACCGCUACCAUGGGCCCUCCCUUUGACCUCAUCAUCUCCUCGGAUACGAUCUACUCGCCUGACAUUAUCUCCCCACUUUUCCGCACUGUGCACGCUCUGACCAGGAUGUCAUUGAUAUCAUCACCUUCUUCGCGUCCACCCCCGGUAUACAUAUGUCUAGAGAGACGCGAUCCAACUCUAACUAACCGCGCGCUGUCAAAUGCGGAGAACAUGUGGGGUUUCACACUUGAUAGGGUGCCUCACAAGAAGCUUGUCAGAGCCAUGGAGAAGGGCGGAGUAACGUGGGAUAAGGUCGACUGGGAAGGGAUAGAGAUCUGGAAGCUUACAUUAACUGAAAAGGUGCUCAAUGCCCGCGUGUCUGAUAAUAUUCAGCAAUGA